CAGAUACAAGCUUAUGUUCUUAAAAAGAAUCCUUCCUUUUGAAAAAGUCUCCGUAUCAAAAAGACGCUGAAGGAAGUACCCUGGUACAAUGGCAAAUUAUUACAAGCAAUCAUUAAACUCCAUCAUCAAGAAGUCAUUCCAAAGAGCUGGAUUACCAUUCAAAAAGAUGCUGCAGCUAAAAACAGUAUUCCACAGGACUGUUGUUUGGAGAAAGUAUCAUGGAAGUUCUGCGUCCACAGCUUAUAAGAAUUGGUGGACGGGUUUACAGGAAGAAUCCCAUCCAAGAGCAGACUUAUCAACAUGAAGACGAAGAUGAUGACUGUUAUCAAGGUCUCGUGGAGUGUGCAGAAGAGUCCUGUGAAGGCUAUGAGGUGGUGCAGACCCCGCAAGGUUUCCGGUGUACUCUGAAGGCCCCCAGCCUGCUCUACAAGCAUAUAGUUGGAAAGAGGGGCGACACUAGGAAGAAACUAGAAGUGGAGACCAAAACUUCCGUAAGCAUUCCUAAGCCUGGACAAGAAGGAGAAAUUGUAAUCACUGGCCAGCAUCGAAGUGGUGUAAUUUCAGCCCGAACUCGGAUUGAUGUUCUUUUGCUCACUUUUAGAAGAAAGCAGCCCUUCACUCACUUCCUUGCCUUUUUCCUCAAUGAAGCUGAGGUUCAGGAGCGAUUUCUGAAGUUCCAGGAGGAAGUACUGGAGAAGUGCUCCAUGGAUCACGGGGUUGAUAGCACCAUUUUCCAGAAUCCUAAGAAGCUUCACCUAACUAUUGGGAUGUUGGUGCUUUUGAGUGAGCAAGAGAUCCAGCAGACAUGUGAGAUGCUACAGCAGUGUAAAGAGGAAUUCAUUGAUGACAUUUCUGGGGGCAAACCCCUGGAAGUAGAGAUGGCGGGGAUAGAAUACAUGAAUGAUGAUCCUGGCAUGGUGGAUGUUCUUUACGCCAAAGUCCAUAUGAAAGAUGGCUCCAACAGGCUGCAGGAAUUGGUUGAUCGAGUACUGGAACGUUUUCAGGCAUCUGGACUAAUAGUGAAAGAGUGGAAUAGUGUGAAACUCCAUGCUACAGUCAUGAAUACUCUAUUCAGGAAAGACCCCAAUGCUGAAGGCAGGUACAACCUCUACACAACAGAUGGCAAAUAUGCCUUCAAGGAAAGAGAAUCAUUUGAUGGCCGAAACAUUUUGAAGCUAUUUGAGAACUUCUGCUUUGGUACCUUAAAGCUCAAUUCAAUUCACAUCUCUCAGAGGUUCACAGUAGACAGCUUUGGAAACUAUGCCUCUUGUGGACAAAUUGACUUCUCCUGAGGUGGAUCUUGGGAAACACUGGAAAUUAAACAUCCUCACAAGUUGGUUGACUCCACGGAUGUGGAACCCAUGGAUAUGGAGGGCCGACUGAACCACAUUUUGUUCAUCCAGUCUUCCAUCGAUGGACACUUGGGUUCCUUCCACUUCUUGGCUGUUGUGAAUAAUGCCCUAUGAACAUGGGU